AUGACAUUUGACUUCACACGUAAGAAGAACAUUCUGAAUUAUAGAUCUAUUCCUAAAAAGGAAAACAAAAACAAAAAGCAAAGUAACAAUCUAAACCAAAAUAUAAGUAUUCCUGCUAGUCAAGUAGAUCUACGCUUGCUUGAAUGCCAAGAAUUUUUAGAUAAACCAGGACUUUUUAGUCAUAUUCCUAUUGAAAAUGCCGAAAUAGCCAGAAUAAUUACCCAAAAAGGAAAAAAAUCUCAAGCAACUAUUUCACUUUACGAUCAGUUUAUGAAGGCCAACUGA